UCCCGCCCCUUGCCCGCCCACUCGAUCCGCUCAACUCGCCUGCCCGCUCCACAUCAUCCGCUAGCACACCCCCAAUGGCCAUCCGACCAGACGAGCCCCGGGACAAGAAGCCGCGUAUCCGGCACUCCGAGAUACAGCUCACUGCGCUCAACAACCUGUACGAGGAGAACGAGCACCCCUCUCUCGAAGAGCGUGCCGCCCUCGCAGAAAACCUCGGGAUGGAUCCGAAAGCAGUUAAUGCCUGGUUCGCAAAUAAGCGAUCUGCUACUAAAAAGAAGACCCGGGGUGUUAAUCACCCAUAUAACACCCCUCCUCCCCAUCUCCGACUCGACGACGAGUACGACGGCAUGUCGUCCCGUCCUUACUCUCGUCUGUCCACCCCGCUCAGCAUGGCGGACUUCCCCUCCAUCCCGACCUCCGACAACGACGCACACCAUGUCGACAGCAGACAUGUCUUUGACAGCGAGAUUGCUGGUGCCCCUCGUCGGAUGCGCAUCCGUCCGACACCGAAGCAACGAGAGGAACUAGAGAAACUUUUCAAACUCAAUACACAUCCCUCUAGGGAGGAGCGCGAGGCACUUGGCAACAGAAUUGGGAUGAGGUAUCAAAGUGUCACAAACUGGUUUCAAAAUAUGCGCUCCGUCAUGAAGAAAAGACUCGAGGAUCAGGAAACAGAUUCCCACUCGGUACAAAGCGCUGCUACACAUAAUGACUUCGGCGCCAAUGAGUUCGGUGGCUUCAGUAGACACGCGGAACCACGCGGUUAUCCGACACUUCCCCCGGCCGCGUCCCAUCCUUCGUUAUCUGCACCCAUGCCUUCGCACGCCCCCGCCGCCCGUGCUGCGCCCCUUGUUCAGAUGCAAGCGCACGAUAGCUAUAGACCAUUCUUGACAGCGCCGCAGCGACGCCAAGGGAACCCUGGUCCCUUGACAAGACCCCGAAGAACCCGGCCUGAGCCACAUCAGCUGGAAGCGUUGAAGAAGCUUUUCGCGAGAACGGCAAACCCGUCAAUCGAGGAAAGAGGUGCGCUGGCACUUGAAAUCGGAAUGGAUGUUGGCAAAGUGACAAACUGGUUCCGUAAUCUCCGUCAGACGGCAAGAAAGCGUGCGCAGAAGGCAAAUACCGAGGAUGGAGACGAAAGUAUGGACUACGACGAUUCGGCACCCGUGUCCAGGGCUAGCACGCCUCUGUUCCCAUCUGCCUAUUCUUCUUCAUCGGUUUCCGUGGAUGGUGAUGUGGAGCAUAUGGAAUUGGACGGCGGACGCUAUUACGGGAGACAGCAUCAUCAACCGCAUUCCGAUGGGGGUAGCGAGGAAGACUACGAAGAAGCCGUUACUCCACCUCCCGCUCCCCGCACGACUGGGAGAAGACGCAUGGACGUCGGAUUUCUCACCGGUUCGAAUGACGAUUUACCGAUACCACCGCACUCGUCAAAGAGCACUUCUUCGACAUCCUCUACCGAUGCCCCUCGCGUUGAGGAUGCCAUGUUGCUAUUAAGUUUUUCCCAGCGUAUUGUGCAUUGAUAUACAGACACAAUCGGACCUUGCAUCAUCCUUGACUCAUUAUCUAUAUUUGCAAUCCUCAAGUCUCAUACACGGUGUUGCUGCAUUUUUGAUAUCCCCGUCCUUACAUCAUCAUGCUUCCAUGUCGCUAAUGUUGUUUUACUUGCCGCCCCAUCUUUGUUACGGACACUGCUUCUUCAUCAGAGCUGUAGUUUUACAGCGCCUAAUUUGUCUUGUAAAGACCUAGGGUGUCCUUGGCGGGCUCCUGUUUCGUGUUUCCCGUGCCCCUCUAUUCUGCUUCACGAUGAUGAUACCAACCUUCAAUUCUCUUUGGAUGGGUGGCUUCUCCAUGGUACCCGCCUGGGAUUGCCACACCACCGCGCUUACGCCGGAUGAUAAGUACACAACCUCCUUAUUGCGGUCGUUUCGACGAUCACAAUUAUUUGUCCUUCUUUAUCUCUUAUCCGGCUCUCUUCUUAUCCUUCCUUUUGGUCUUUUCCGCCAUACAUGCUUGCAUUGCUUGACCGUCUUGGCCUACUUUUUGAGCACCGUGUUCUUCGAUUC